CUCACCAUACUCCACUCUCUAGCUUCACGCCAAAAUUCUCCAAUGGCGACCUGCAAAACCCUAGUCCACACUUCUCUCUCUUCAAUCGGCUCCACUCUCCGACCCCAAUUCAUUCCUCUCCUCAAUCUCCGCUUCUCCCCUCUCCUUUGCCCCAACAAAGGGCUCAGAGUUUCCAAUGUCACUUCUCGGCCGUACGCUUCAAUUGCAGCAGCAGAAGCCGCGGACUUCACAGACGAAGCUGCUCCGUCGCCAAACGAAACCCUAAAUCCAUCCGAGUCACAAGACACCAUGGAGCACCUCCUCAAGCACCGAGACGACGUCGUGAAGUUUAUGAAAAUGGAACGCCGCCCUUUACGGCCCCCACUCGGAGGCGAUAGGUGGUUCCCGUACCUCGACAGAUUCAACUGCGGCGGUGCUUACCUCAGCAGCGGUGAGAUACUGGAAGCGGUUGAUCCGUACAUUAUGGAUGUGAGGAAGGAGAGGUUUAGGAAUGUGGUGAGGAAUCGGAGUUACUCGGUGUGCUUGGUGGUGGAGGGAUUGGGAGAUUUCGGAAAUGUAUCGGCGGUUUUCCGCUCCGCCGACGCGCUCGGGAUUCAGUCGGUUCAUGUGCUCUCUUGUGACGCAUCCAAAAGGUACAGAGAAAAUCGCCAUGUCAGCAUGGGAGCAGAGAAAUGGUUGGAUAUUGAACUUUGGGACUCCACUCAAGAGUGCUUUGAGGUUCUAACAUCGCGUGGUUAUCGAAUUGCAACAACACAUGUGGGGAUGGAUGCGGUGUCUAUUUACAACAUGGACUGGUCCUGCCCAACUGCAAUAGUAGUCGGAAAUGAGAAUAGGGGAAUAAGUGAUGAGGCCCUGGAUUUGUCAGAUUUGCAUUGCAGUAUUCCAAUGAAGGGCAUGGUGGAUUCUUUCAAUGUUUCAGUUGCUGCAGGCAUUCUCAUGCACCAUGCUGUUUGUGAUAGAACUUCUCGCCUGGGCUGUCAUGGUGAUCUGACAUCUGAAGAGAACCAAAUUCUUCUUGCUGAGUUUUCUCUGCGUCAUAGCAAGAAUUCAAUUAGCAUUGCUCAUGAGUAUGCAAAGCGGAAGGCAGCUCUGCUCACACCAAGGCUUUGAAAAAACAAUCAUCCAACUUCUGAUUCUUAUUGAGGAACGAUCACAAACUAGGUAUCUCAAAAUAUAUGGUAUGAAAGCAACUAUUGACGAACAGAACACGUCAGGUAUCCUCUUCAACCUCGCAAACUGCUCUUUUGAGAACUAUGCCCGAUGGAAAGCAAAGCUCUGUAGGACUUUGUUCUGGAAGAAGCGGUAUGAUGGAUCCCUAGUAACCGGAUCUGGAGGAUCUUGUCUUUUUGGGUUAAUGUAUGCCAUUUGGUUGUGUAAUUGUUCAAUGAUCUCUUGAUGUCUUGGUUUUAUCUGUAGGACAGAAUAUUUACACUAGGGAAUAUAUUUUGAUGCUAAUAUCAUAGUUGAGAAGAAUUUCGAUC